UGCCCGGCGCGCGCCCCCCGCGCUCCCCCGCGCCCAGCCCGAGACCCCGCGCGCCGCCGACCAGCGCCAGGCCCGCGGGCACAGCGGCCGUGCGCAUCAUGAGCCGCAUCUACCACGACUGCGCCCUCCGGAACAAGGCGGUGCGGAGCGCGCGGCUGCCGGGGGCCUGGGACCCCGCCAUCCACCAGGGGGGAAACGGCGUCCUGCUGGAGGGAGAACUGGUAGAUGUGUCUCGCCACCGCAUCUUGGAUGCCCGUGACAGGAAGGAGCACUACUCUGUGCUGUACAUCAGGCCCAGUCGCAUCCAUCGCCGGAAGUUCGACCCCAAGGGAAAUGAAAUCGAGCCCAACUUCAGCGCCACCAGGAAGGUGAACACGGGCUUCCUCAUGUCAUCCUACGAGGUGGAAGCAACGGGGGACACGGACAGACUCACGCCCGAGGCGCUGAAAGCACUGAUACAAAAGUCAGAGCUGCUUGCGCUGACGGAGAGCCUUACCCCCGACCAGACAGUGGCGUUCUGGAUGUCCGAGUCAGAGAUGGAGGCGAUGGAGCUGGAGCCGGGGGUCGGGGUACGGCUGAAAACUCGAGGCGAUGGCCCCUUCCUGGGACGACUGAGGCGAGUGGGAGUGAAGCGCCUCCCGGGCCCACCAGCACUGCUGAGAAUCUCUUCCAUCAACAUCGACUCUGGAGUUCGAGGGAGCGGUCCGCCAAGCCUUCCCUGGUUCUUCCUACAGCUGCCAUGGAAUGCUCUUGGAAUAAGCAGUGCUAAAAUCAAAUCCAAGACGGUGACAUGAACAGUGGCGCCCCAUGCUGUGGCUCAUGGAGGGGCCCUCCCUCGAUGUGCGUCUAGAUCUUCUAGAUGUUUCCGUGGUGGCCCUUGCCCUUAAAUGGCAGCCUUGUUUCUGGAAGCAGUCAGUGGAACCAAACUUGGUCUUUGUGUAGACUUGGGGAAUGUCCCUCAUCUGCAUGCAGAGUGGCUCAGGGGUCCCUUCCUCUGCCCUCAUAUUUUCUCCUAUACCUUCCACGCCUGCUCCCCCCCCCCCCCCACCCCCCCGGCCCAGUGCUCUGAGUUAUAGUCUUUGCUCUCCUGUUCAAACCUCCUUGUCCCCUCUGUGCCCUUUUCCUCCCCUAGACCUGCCAGUUCUUUAUUCCUCCUCUGGUUCUCUGCCACACUGGGGGGUUGCUGUCUCCUGACCUCCCUGGCUGCUUUGCUGGGGAUGCUGUUCUCAGGGAGGCCUAGAGUCUUCACAGGUGUGGCUGGCUGGUCCCCACCUUUCAGGCUCACCCUGCCAGGCCACAUUUUGAUAACACCUUUUCCGCUAUCGUUCUGUACUUUGAGAACUUUUUAUGAGUGAGUAAAUCUUCAGAAAAGGAUUCCUCUGCAUUGACCGGGUUAUGUCAGGUAUUAACGGUCUUCCAGCUGAGCAGUGAUCCUGUAAGAAGGAAGCCAUGUCUUUUUGAUCAUGAACAUCGCCUUGCUGGGUAGUGCGCCCGCACUCAGAUCCAGGACGGCUUGUGGAGUUGAAAUCCACGUGUCCUAAGAAUGGGGCAGAGACUUGGUGGCAUUUGGAUCCUGCUGGCCUCAGGGACAAGAGAGGGUGGUGGUGAACUAACAAGUGUUGAGCCCCCUAAUGUAUCGAACACGGCACUAGAUGCUUUCCAUGAUGAUAAUCGUAGCCACUGACUGUCGAGUGCUUCCUGGUGCUAGCGUACAUAUCCCCUGCUUUUCAAAAGUUAUAUUAGGACACCUGACGUUCAUGAAAGACCUACCUCAGUACCUGUUUUUUCUAACCAAAAGAAAUCUGCGUUUUUAUGAAAAUAAGGCAAAAAAAAAAAAUGAAAAUAGCGUUCAGCAUUUGUUUCACAGGGAGCCAUUAUAGAGGCCGCGCACCCCAAGUAGUGAGAGCGACCCCACCAGUCUCCUCUCCUGGGAACAUCUAUGCUUUACUUCAGUUGAUUUCGUGUGUGUGUCAGCAAGAUGUGCCCAGAAAAGCCUAAGAAAACGCUCAAAAAUUUUUCCAUAUAAAUGAAUGGUGAUUGCUUCCUCGCUGUCUCUCAUUUCAGUUUACAAAAGGUUUCGUAGGAAUGCUGUACUUUUUGGAUAGUAGGGGAAACUUGUACUUGCUAAGCACUUGCACUAUCUUACUUCACUGUCACAGCAAUCCCGUGAGGUAUGUGUGAUUAUUAUUCCCAAUUUUUUCCAUAUGAUUCCGAAGCUUAGAGGCUCCAUCUAUAGUAUAUAGAGGAAAGAGGAAUUUCAACCCAGGCAGUCAGAUUUCAAACUCUGUAUUCUUUACUGGGUUAUUCUGCUUCCACAUGUACACUACAGGGAAGAAAAGGGGCUUCAGAAAGGUUAAGGCUACUUGCCCAGAUUCACAGCUGCUAAGUGGAACAGCCAGGAUUUAAAUCCAGGGCUGUCGAAAGCAAAGCUUAUGUUCUUCCCCCGUCCUUUGCCUCCUUGGCCUACAGAAGGACCUUGGACAUGGGGGCCAGAGGAGUCCUGGCUCUGUGAAAUGCGGUUAUAUUCUUAGACUUUAGGGAACUUGCCUAAACCCCUGACUGAUGGUCUGCCCAGGCUGAAAUCAGUUCUAUUGGUAUUAGCAGUUGAGCAGGUAAUAUUACGCUUCCAGAAUUUAUUACUAUGGUUCCAAUUUUCAUCUACCUUCUUGCAUAUUUGAGCCUGGGCUUGACAAUAUGGCUGUGAGGCUUGGGAUUCACACUUCAGUGAGGCCACCUGAAGUCACAGGUCACUGGUCUGCUCACGAUCUCUUCUGUUCUUGUUGCCCUUUUCUUAGUUCAGACCCUUGUGACCUCUCACCUUGACUGUUAUAAUAGCUGCCUCCCUGGUGUCCUGUGUCUGAAUGGGGCUGGCUGGGUGUUGAGCGUGCUGGGGCCUCAACCAUGGGGGUGGCCAGGGAAGUGGUUAAGCAGCAGGAGAAUGGGGGAUAUUGACUAGAAUAGAGACACCUGGUGAGGGCGCCCUGCUGCCCAUAGCACUGUGGCCAAAGGGUAUGGCAAGGUCAUAUAGGCAGGCCACCAUUCCAAAAAAAGGAGGUCCGGUGUGUCAGUGGGGGAAACCCUGGGCAACAAAUGGGCUUAGUGUCUUGGGUGGG